CGAAAAACGUACCUCCAUUUGUGUGCUCCACCCGAUUACACAAACGCCACCAAAAUUAUUCACAUCAUCGCUGCAAGUAUAGUAUGCAAAGUUGUUCACAGUGGAUUCAACGAAUAAAAUGGCCGUUGGACCGACGGAGGGUAAACAACCUCAACCUCCUCAAGAAAAUUUCUCACCAGCACCCGCCACCGUACCCAUUGUUGCUGCUGCCCAUCAAAUCAUAGCACCCAGUCCCAUUUUGGCCAUACCGACGCUUGCCUUUUCAGCCGCCCAAGUGGAGAUUGUCUGCAAAACACUGGAAGAUUCCGGCGAUAUAGAACGUUUAGCCAGAUUUCUCUGGAGUUUGCCGGUAGCGCUGCCCAAUAUGCACGAAAUAUUGAAUUGUGAAGCGGUAUUGAGGGCACGGGCCGUGGUGGCAUAUCAUGUUGGAAAUUUCAGGGAACUUUAUGCAAUAAUUGAAAAUCAUAAAUUUACAAAAGCUUCAUAUGGAAAAUUGCAGGCAAUGUGGCUGGAAGCCCAUUACAUUGAAGCGGAAAAAUUACGUGGACGAUCGCUGGGUCCCGUCGACAAAUAUCGCGUAAGGAAAAAAUUUCCCUUACCACCGACAAUCUGGGAUGGUGAACAGAAAACACAUUGUUUCAAGGAACGCACGAGAAGUCUCCUGCGUGAAUGGUACCUACAGGAUCCAUAUCCGAAUCCAACGAAAAAACGUGAAUUAGCCAAAGCGACGGGACUUAAUCCCACUCAGGUGGGUAAUUGGUUUAAAAAUCGUCGUCAACGUGAUAGAGCGGCGGCCGCUAAAAAUAGAUUACAACAUAAUCAAAAUUCCGGUCUCGGCUGCAGACGUCGACCCGAUGGUGCCCCCUCACCAACACCCUCAGACACCUCCGACUCUGACAUAUCGCUGGGUACCCACUCUCCGGUACCGGGUAGUUUACAUUUGCAACACAGCCCCGGUUCAACUUCGAAUGGCGCCAACGACGAAAGUCUCAGCAUUGAUGAUGAUAAACCACGAGAUCUGUCAAAUUCACUGUCGGGCAGUAAUUUACCAGCAUAUCCCAGCGCUACAUUGCCACCCUCAUGUUUGCCUUCGUUUAAACUGGAUGCGGCCGCCACAAGUCUUUUCAGUGCAGGAUAUUUGCAAAGUUUUGCCAACUUUAAAGAAAUGACCCAACAGUUUCCCAUACAACCGAUGGUGAUAAGACCACAUCCACAGCUGCCGCAAGCUUUGGCUGCCAUGAAUGGGGGUAAUCAUUUGCAUCCUAAUUAUGCCUCGGCGGCUUAUGUUGUCGAUUGUACGUCGCCACAAUCAUCGCAUCCACCAAAAAUACGUGUCAAUUCACCGGAAAAACUUAAUUUGACUGCGAACAGCAUAGCAGCAACACUGACGGCGGCGGUGGCCCAUCAUCCGCACCAUCAACAUCAGCAGCACCCCCACCUCCAACAGCAGCAUAUUCACCAGCACCACCAGCAACAGGCAGCAGCGCAUCAACACCCACCUACAAUAACAAUUCAAAAUCAACGUGGCAGCAGCAGUAGCCCCAGCAGUGUAUCCUCGGCAACAGCCUCCUCGGCGACAGCGUCGGCAACGUUGGCCACGGCCUCGGCAACAGCGGUAACAACGCCCUAUCAUCACAGCUCGCAAUUUUUACAUCGCCCAUUUUCUCCAUCGCCCGAUAUUGUAAAGCACAAUAGUGCUCCGGAGAUAACAUGAUGAUGUCUAAGCACCAGAGUCUAGUGCAAGGACACACAGAAGGAAAGGAGGCGGUUAUGGCAACAGAAGGUGGUAUUACGUACAAUUAUGUAAAAAAGUUUAAAAAGCAAUCAAAUGUUAGGCGUUAAAUAAUGCAAAGAAAAAAAAUAACACACAUACACAGAAAAACGAUGGGAAGGGGGUGGUGCAUGUAACAGUGCGAAAAAUACAAAUUUACCAUUUGAAUAUACAAUACAAGAGAACAAAAGCAAAUUUUCUCCUUUCUGUUUUUUAAAAUUUUGAAAAUGUAAUCAUUUAGCGUGUAUUUUUUGAUUCGAAAGCCAAACAUAACCUAUAAUUUGAGAAUUAGAUGGUGGAAGGGAAGCACGUGACCGUUUAUCAUCUUGGAAGGGAGGAAAGGGAGCGGAAAUGCUAAUAUUUUACAUUGUUUGCCAGCCGCAAGAAAAGAAAACACGAACCUAAAGUAAAGUUACGAUUGUAAAGCAAAAAA